AUGGUUGUGGAAGUGAAAGGUUAUAAUAGUUGUUGUUGUGGUGGUAAUAAUGGCAAUGACGAUUGCGUUGGUGGUACUAAAAUGAUGGGUGUUGGAUUGAGAUUGUGUGGUAAUAGAAGUAGUGGAUGCAGCGUUGGUGGUGUUGGUGGCAACGAUGGUGGUGAUGGCGGCGGUUAUGAGCAUGGUGGCGGUGGCGGUAGCUGUAGCGGUAGCAUUGAUGGUGAUGGUGAUGGUGAUGGUGGCAGUGGCAAUAAUAAUUGUGGUCGUAGUAAAAUGAUGGAUAAUAGUGACAGUGGUGAUGAAUAUGGCAAUAGUAGUAGCAGUGGUGGUGGCAUGAUGGUAGUGGUUGUGGUCAUGGCAACAACAACGGUGGUAUUGGUGGUGGUGGUGGUGGUAAGGAUAAGUAUAUAA